AUGCCGCUGAUUGUCAAGCCUCCUCUUCCUCUUCCCACUCACUUCGACUGUAAUCCGCUCUAUUUCGCGAUGCUUCGCGAACCGUUGUUACCUUCAACGGGCGGCCAGGAAUCUAGCACCCAUGCCACGUCAGACUCAAGGAGCACUCGUGAGUUUCGGGCGCGCGUGAACCUGACAAUACCGAGUAGCGCAGCCGGCGCAAGCGGACCCCCGCCAAACAGACGCGCGAGCGUGGACUCAGCGAAUGUGACAAUAUCGGAGGGGAGCGACCUUUGCGCCGAAGCGGAUCCGAGGAGCAGGCGGAGAAGCUCGGGGAGCGAACGGGGGGAAGCGGGAGGCGCGGGGAGGAGGGGGAGAUGGGGAAGCGGAGGCGCGGGCGGGGGGGAGGGCGUGCGGAGUCCGCGCAGCCCGGGGCUGUCGAAGCAGGAGGUGUUGAAGGCAUUUGAUGCGGCGGAGGCGGAAGGAGAGUCGGAGGCGGACUUAAGCGCGCACCUACAGACGGACUUCCAGACCGUGCUAAACACGAUAAAUCUUUUCGUUGGGGCAGUUCUGGAAUGCGCUUGGCAUGUGUAUCCCUCCGUCCCUUGUGUGCGCCAGGUGAUGGUGGCAGUGCUCUUUGAGUUCUGGGGAGCGCUCGGCAUGUGUCUCAUCAUCGUGUGGCAGUCCGCCCUCAUCUUCCUGCCGCCCCUCCCCAAGCUCUGCCUCCCCUCCUUCGUCACCUCCCCUGCCGCUGCCUCAGCACUCUCCGCUGCUCCGCUCUGCCUCCUGCCCAGGCAGCUCGUGAUAGGGGCCAGUUUAGCACUCGUCAUUCCCACCGUACUAGUGCGCUCCUUUGCUCGCCUCACCAACGUUGCCCUCUCGGGUGUCGCCAGCAGCACUCUUCUCUGCUCCGUGAUGCUAGGCACCUGGGCGAGUGACCCUUCAUCCUCCUCUCUACCUGACCCCCGCGCUCACCACCACUCCACCGUCUCCUGGUCCCACCUGCCCAUGGCUGCUGGCAUCUUCAUGGUUUCGCUCUCAGGCCAUGCGGGUCUGCCAUCCCUCCGACGCAGCAUGCGUACACCACAGCACUUUGACCAAUGCAUCAUCGUCACAUUCUCCUCCAUGUUCCUCCUCUAUGCCACCAUGGGUGGAUUCGCAUACCUCUAUUUCGGGGACUCAGUGCGCGUGCUGGUAACUGCCAGCCUGGACGAUGCUGGAGCUGCUGCCGGCAUCAUUCUGCUCCGAUGGGGUUCCGUUUCCCUCUCCCUCUCUGCCCUCCUCUCUCUCCUCGUCGCUGCUAGUGUGUUUACAACCAUACCGCUGAUUCUCGACCUCUCUGCGCGCCUUGGCCUGCCUGUCUCCUCACACAAGCCCACACAAAGUGCAGCGGGUCCUGCUGCCUCUGCUGCGGAGACUGCCUGUGCUGCUGGCGGUGAACCACCACCACGAUGUGGCGCACAGCCAGUGCCACACCGCCACUCUGCCAUAGCAGAGGCCAUCACUCGCCUGGCGGUCACCUCUGUUGGUUACAUCACUGCAUACCUCACGUACGAUGUGCUGGACAGAGUAGAGUCAGUGGUGGGAGGAGUUUGUUCUGUGGGUGUGUCCAUGGUGCUGCCUGCCGUAAUCUUUGACCGCCUCUACUCCAACCAGCUUUCUGUCAUCAGGCUGGCCCUGUUGCGUGGGCUUAUUACAUUCGGGGUAGUUGCAGCAUGUGGUAUCGCAUAUAUUAACAUUUUCAAGUAA